CAGCAGGCGGGCCCCCGCGCGGCAGGGCCCUGGACCCGCGCGGCUCCCGGGGAUGGUGAGCAAGGCGCUGCUGCGCCUCGUGUCUGCCGUCAACCGCAGGAGGAUGAAGCUGCUGCUGGGCAUCGCCUUGCUGGCCUACGUCGCCUCUGUUUGGGGCAACUUCGUUAAUAUGAGCUUUCUACUCAACAGGUCUAUCCAGGAAAACGGGGAACUAAAAAUCGAAAGCAAGAUUGAAGAGAUGGUUGAACCACUAAGAGAGAAAAUCAGAGAUUUAGAAAAAAGCUUUACCCAGAAAUACCCACCAGUAAAGUUUUUAUCGGAAAAGGAUCGGAAAAGAAUUUUGGUAACCGGAGGCGCAGGGUUCGUGGGCUCCCAUCUAACUGACAAACUCAUGAUGGACGGCCACGAGGUGACCGUGGUGGACAAUUUCUUCACGGGCAGGAAGAGAAACGUGGAGCACUGGAUCGGACAUGAGAACUUCGAGCUGAUUAACCACGACGUGGUAGAGCCCCUCUACAUCGAGGUUGACCAGAUAUACCAUCUGGCAUCUCCAGCCUCCCCUCCAAACUACAUGUAUAAUCCUAUCAAGACAUUAAAGACCAAUACGAUUGGGACAUUAAACAUGUUGGGGCUGGCAAAACGAGUCGGCGCCCGUCUGCUCCUGGCCUCCACAUCGGAGGUGUAUGGAGAUCCUGAAGUCCACCCUCAAAGUGAGGAUUACUGGGGCCACGUGAAUCCAAUAGGACCUCGGGCCUGCUAUGAUGAAGGCAAACGUGUCGCAGAGACCAUGUGCUAUGCCUACAUGAAGCAGGAAGGCGUGGAAGUACGAGUGGCCAGAAUCUUCAACACCUUUGGACCACGCAUGCACAUGAAUGAUGGGCGGGUGGUCAGCAACUUCAUCCUGCAGGCGCUCCAAGGGGAGCCGCUCACGGUAUACGGAUCUGGGUCUCAGACAAGGGCGUUCCAGUACGUCAGUGAUCUGGUGAAUGGCCUCGUGGCUCUCAUGAACAGCAACGUCAGCAGCCCAGUCAACCUGGGGAACCCAGAAGAACACACAAUCCUAGAAUUUGCUCAGUUAAUUAAAAACCUUGUUGGUAGCGGAAGUGAAAUUCAGUUUCUCUCCGAAGCCCAGGAUGACCCACAGAAAAGAAAACCAGACAUCAAAAAAGCGAAGCUGAUGCUGGGGUGGGAGCCCGUGGUUCUUUUUCAUCUCUUGUCAUUAUCAUCAUAGAUCCUGGCAUCCCUGUUGUUUCUGACAGUCUUCAAGGUAAAAGUGAAAAGAUUUUGGGGGAUUGUGAGUUAUUUUAAGGAUACCCUGGCAAAACUGUUCAGCCAAGUUAAAAGGGUUGCCCAGAAAGUCAGAUUCUCGAUGAAUCUAGGUCCCCGCUGUUUUGGUUCAUGACUGCCCUGGGUUCUGCCUCCUGAAUGUGCCCUGGUGGAAACUUCCAGCCAUUGACCUUACACCAUAGGUAACGUGAUCCAGUGCCCGAUAACUCUUGGCAUAUGAUGGGGCCCUUACUUUAGGAACGAACAGCAAAGCUGAAUUUUCUGCUUCCUAUUUCCCCGAGCCACGCCUCCUCCCUGCCACCCUGCCCUGUGGAAGCCAGGCCUGCAGCCAGAGGCAACACCCACCGCUUCGUCAAAGCCCAUGUAGAGAAACUGCUGGUACCACUGCUGCACCUCGGGCCGGGUCCGGUCCCACAGCUGCCGCUUCUGGCGCUUCAGGCUGCCGAGGAAUUCUUUGGCUUUGUUCUCAUCAACGGCCACUUUCGUCUUAGUUGGAACAGGUGCUGAAAUCAUCAAUUCCCCAUCCCCAAAGCACAAAGAAUGAUUUCUUUCCUCACUGGCGGUGAAUCCCUAUUAUACAUUCCAUCCCCACCACCAUGCAUAGGAAGAUUUUAACUCUCAACUUCAUUCUUACUUGCAUGUGGCAAUGUGACACAGCCUCACAGCAUCCAUCACCAUGCUUCCUGUUGGUAAGUUCUAUUUGGUACAGCCAUAUAAAGAGGCAUGGACUAAACUUCAACCUCUGUGUCCUCAGGGUAGAAAUGAAAUUCAGCUCAUCAUUCAAGAAACAGACUGGAUGUCUAGUGCCACACAGGUAUACGGGCAUGUCCAUUGCAUUUGCAAACACAAGAGGGUUGUGCUUGGCUCAGGAGAUUAUGUAAGAGAAAGGAACUGGAAUGACGAGCCCCGAGUGAGCAGGGACCAGACCCUGCCCAACAGGAGAGCUGAUUCUCACACCAGGCUGCCGAGACACAGAAUUCCCUUAAGCCAAUGCCUCUCUGCGCCUCACAGUCUGACCAUUGAUGCAGGAUACUGACCCGCACCCUCACACUGUUGCUGCUCCUAACAUCUUUCCAUCACAGUCUCAAUUGCUGAAACGGAACCACUUCUGCAGGUUGUGCUCGAGGAAGCCACUGUGCCAUUAGGCAUUCUGCCCCUGCUGUCACGUUCUCAGCCCCUGUCCCCUUAUCUAUAAAAGUGGAUGGACAGUCCCUCUCAAAGACGUUAGGAAAAAUGCACAGGAUCAUGCAAAUGCAGGGUUGAUGCGUUUGUUGGUCAUAUGGAUAAAUAUCAGCAGGGAUUUUUGUUUGUUUGCAGUCCCUUCAGGGACUGUUACACUGUUUUGUAUACAGUAGGUGCUCAAUAUGUGUUUCUUGGUUUGAACCGAGACAAGGCUGCGGGAUGCACACCUAGGAGUUGUGACUGCCUCAGCAACUUGCUCACCUAUAACAAGCUGGUUCUGUGAGGGCGUUGUUCAUCCCUGGGCAUCGGUGAGGUGAGGCUCUCACCACCACACAGCACAGGGAGGGGACACUCUGAGCUGCCUCAGAGACUGGGGGUGGGCCAGGGCUUCAUGGGUGGCUGGAAACCCAGGGAAAGAUGCUGGGAACGCCCCCGAGGAACUCCUUGCCUGCAAGAGUGGCCGCCUGUUCUCCAGCCACCUGUGGGAGGGUCCCUGAGCAGCGACUAGGAGGUGUGGGAAGAACGACUGAGGACCCCACUUCAAGGAGGAAGUUCAGCCUGCUAGAAUCCCCCGUAAACUAGGAGGGUAAGAAUAUGUGACUAAAUGGUCACAUCAGAAGUGUGGUGACACUUUUUCACUUCUAAGGGAUUCUUAAUUUUGCAGAUAGAGAUGAAAGUUGGGAGAGGGAAAAUGACAUUCACAAGACCCCACAAUUGAUUCACCUGAUGUGAUUACAGCAGGUCCAGAACCUGUGUGUUGUGACCCCCAGACUGUUCAAUUUCUAUGACAUUUUGCCACCGUCACAUUUAUCUUAGAUGCAUUUUUCAAAACAGAGGCUAAUAACAAGAAACGCUUUCUUGUUUGAAACCCUUCCCCAUGAGCUCAUGGGAGACAUGGACUACUGCAACAGUGCUGUUCCACGCCUGCCCCACCAGCUGAGGAUUAUGUGCUCCAAAGAUAAUCUCUGAAGUGCUUCAUGGUCCUAAAAUAAAUAGCAUGCAAUUAACUGUA